GGACAACACCCGUAUGAAGACAGCAGGGAUGGCUCUGGAGCAGCUCAGUGAGGUGGUCCAAAGAUGUCAGGCUCUUCCAGACGACAGCUACACCACCGAGGAUCACAACAUCUUCACGGUUGCUGGGCAGACGUGUAUCGAGGAGGGAAACAGCGCGCAGGUCCUCAGUAUUGUGCUGGAUGAAAAGAAUCAGGAGAUUGUGAGAUGCAUGGGUUGGAACCUGCUGCCUCCGCUGAUCCAGGUCCUGCUGAAGAAAGAAGACAAGAAUCUUCCUCAGUGUCUGGCCAUUUUUAACCACCUGCUGGAGACGUGCAGACCGAAAGAGCUGCUGAUCGGCCUGUUGGAGCAGCUGGAGCAGGAUGAUCCUGAUACAAUAGCAGAGAGUCUCCAUCUGCUCUUGAAGCCUUUACAGAAAGUGCUCGUGCGCCUGGGCGGCCGUAAGGCGUCAUCCUUGGGCAUGGCGCUGUCGUCCGUGCUGGACCAGGUGGCCAAACUGCCUCUCCCUCACACCAAGGAGCAAGAGGAGGAUGACGUCUUUUCGUUUUGCCGGUGCUGCACUGACAUGAUAGAUUUCGUCAGACCUUUUGUUCAAGAAGUCAGGCAUAACCUGCUGAAUAAUGAGAUGCAGAGCGAGACUGCAAACAGGACUGUGGGCAGACAGGGGAAGGAUAAAGAGGAUGAGCUGCGGACAGAACUUCUGAAGUUCUGUAUGAAGAGUCUGAGUCAUCCUCUGUUGGAAGUACACCUCAAGGAUCCUGACACGCUGGCUCUGUCCCCCCUCAGGACUUUUGCCACCGAGAUUUUGAACAUCCUCGGUUCUAUCGGGGAGUCCCUCAGCAGUCUCGUGCACCAGCCUCUUUUGAAGAGAAAGCAGGUUCCCGGCUUUCUCGAGGAGGAGGUGCGUUAUCCUAAAGAGUCUUUGGCCAGCUUGGCUCAUCUGGUGUUUGUCCAUCACCUGGCUGCAGACACCUUCCCCACUGUUUUCAGUCCCGUGUUCAGUCUUCGAUGUAACAUCGAGCACGUCUCUGUCCUCCUGUCCAGAACUGAGGAGUCCAAGCUUCAGAAAGGACUGGAGCUGUAUGAGAAAAGUCUGGUGCGAGUCGAGGACGGCAGUCUGCGUGCCGACCUGCUGGAGAUUAAAACCUUCCUCACAGUCCCUCAGAACUUAAUAAAGGUCAUGACGAUAUGUCCAAAGCAUGAACUGAGAACUAAAGGACUGAAGGUUUUCCAGCUGAGCAUUGAUAAGUUCAACACUGAAGCCAAGUACAGAUUCUUCCAGUACAUGUUGAAGACGAGUAACCACUCAGGAGUUGAAGGCUACAUCAUUAAAAAUAUCAAGAAUCAGAUAGACAUUGCCCUGCAGCCAGGUAACAGUAACGUCUGGUUUGAAGGCAUUCAGCUCAUGCCUCUGCUGCGUAAGGUUUUUAUUCUUCCAGAUGGCCCAGAGACUGACCUCCUGCAGUACCUGGACAGAGUCAUGGAGUCUCUAAAUCUGCUGCGUUACCUGGUCAUCAGAGACAAAGUGACAGAGAACCAGACCGGCAUCUGGACAGAACUGUAUAAAGUAGAAGAUGUGUUCAUGAAGCCUCUUCGUGUUGGUGUGAACAUGUCCAGGGCCCACUAUGAAAGAGAGCUGCAGAACACAAUGGAGGCCAAGAAGAGCAAGGCUAAAGAAGAGUCUGUACUUUCUGUGUCUGUUGGUGGUGAGGAGCUGCCCAGCAUGACACCAGAGUCACAGAUUCAGGCUCUGCACUCUGCCCUGCACACGUUUGACAUGAUUGAGAGCGUGUUGGCACGGAUAGAGGAACUCAUCGAGGUGAAGGACAACCUGUAACCACACAAGCUCAUCAUCUCAAACAGAAAACUGUUACUUGUUUCAAAACAAAGUGCUAGUGCACUGCUGGUCUCUUUGUUUUACAGUGUAAUUAUAAAAUGUUGCAUACAUUGUCAAUUAGAAGUUUAAAAAAAAAGAAAAAAGGCAAGUUUGUAUCAGCUCUGUAAUAAACUUUCAAACUUUUGUACUUGCAGGUUAAA